UUCAUAAUAAUAAAGAUCCUAAUUUUGCUCCUACUACUUCUCCUCUAAUUAUUAACACAAUCUUUUUGAUUGUAUCAAUCACUUUAUAAUUUUAAUUUUUCACAAUUAGUUUAAAUAAAUUAUACUCUCUUCAAAAAAACACAAAAUCAAUGACCAAUAAUGAUGAUGAUACAAGCACUCAAACUCUUGAAACUGUCGCUGAAAAAGUCACCGAAAAUGAUAUUCCGACAACAGCGCCACCGCCACAAGACUCCCAUAACACCAAGUCUGAGGCAGCCAUGGAAUCUCUCUCCGCCAUCAUUCCCUCAAUUCCUCCCUCCCAAAACCCCUCUCACUCUCUCCUCCACGACCCACAAAUCUCCGACCAAAUCACCGCCCUCCUCCGCCACCCCUCCUCCGGCACCGGCGACAACAACCUCUGCCGCUGGCUCUACGACACCUUCCAAUCCGGCGAUCCUAAACUCCAACUCGUAGUCAUCCGAUUCGUACCCGUAAUCGCAUGCGCGUACCUCUCACGCGCCACCCUUCGCAGACCACUCGCGGGUUUCGAAGCCAUCUUGCUCGCCCUCUACGCGCACGAAACAACCUCACGCGCCGGCCAGCCGGUGACCGUCAACGUCCCGGACAUGUCCAACCCUAGCCUGUACCACGAGCCGACGUCGCCGACCAAAAACAGCACCAACAACUCCACGUCGCUCCACAUCUCCGUCGUGUCGCCGAGCCUGGAACCCCACCGGACGGUGAGGUCCACGCGCCGGGCGUGGAUCGUGGGAGUGGCUUUGGAGUUAUACUACAGCAAAAUUUACGAGAUGCCUUUGAAUUCUAAGGUUGAGUUUUGUGAGUCGGUUAGAGUGUGGGCCUGUGGUGAGUCGGGACCGAGUCAACUCGGUGAAGAACAGGGGAGGCGUAUUUCGUUACCGUGGGAGCUGUUGCAGCCGAUUAUGAGGGUUUUGGGUCACUGUGUUGUGUAUUGUGGUGGUAGUAAGGACAAUAUGGUAAUUUUUGAUGCUGCUAUGGUUGCUUGUAAGGCUUUGCAUGAAAGAGCCGUACAGGAUAUUAAUCCCAAGGGUAUUUUGGUCACUGAGAGUUUGCUUAGGCUUGGAAAUAGUAGUAUUAUUAGCUUGGAAGAACCAAACGACAAUAAAGACCAAGAAAACGACACGUAUUGUGAUAAAAACGACAAUAAUGGUCAUCUACAGUUGCUUGGUGAUUCUACUGAUGAGGAAGAGGAAGAUGACGAUGAUGAUGAGAGUGAAGAUAUUUGUAGUGAUAUUAAUAAUCACUCUGGACCAAUAACUGGUGAUCUAGAAUAUUGAUGAUGAAGAUUACAAAUUUUUUUUAUUUUAAUAUUUUGAUAUAUAUAUGAUCAAUAAAACAUUUAUGUUUUACCACAUGAUUAUGUUUAAUCAACAUUUAAAAAAUAAAUUAUAGAAAAUUAUAAUGUUGGGAUACAUUUUAUAGAAAAUUUCAUUCUGAGCUUGGUUUGUUGAUGAAUAUGACCACAAGAUCUUGAGAGAUGAGGUUGUUAUUUUCGAAUAAAGCGUUAAGAUUGUUUAUAUAAUUGCUUAUUUUAUUUUUAAGCAAUUAAUCUCAACAUUAAUAUUAACAUUUUAUAUGCUGAAA